AUGGUGAGUUAUAUAUUUUUUCAAUAAAAAUGUCAUCUAAUAAAAAUUUAGUUUGGCUGGAUUCAUGAAAGUUUUCGACAAUUGGUGACAAGAAAAUAUGGAAAAGAUAUUUGGGAGAAAAUUGUGUUAGUUUCUUUCCUUCAUAUAAAUUCUACUGAUUCUGAAUACAUAAUUUGUAGAUCUUUGGCAAAAUUCGAGCUUGGAACUGAAAAUGAAAUUGCUCAUUAUUACAAUGAUGAAGAAACAUUACGAAUUGUUGAUGCGAUGGCAAAUGUAAUUGGAAUACCAGUUGAAGAAAUAUGGGAAGCUUAUGGUGGUUUUUUGAUUCAAUUUACUAUGGAAACUGGGUGGGAUGAAUUACUUCGAGCAAUGGCUGCUGAUUUAGAGGUUCGAUGAAUCAUAGAUCAAAUAAUUACUAUAAAUUCAAAUAUUCAGGGAUUUUUGGACUCUCUCGAUUCAUUGCAUUAUUUUAUUGAUCACGUUGUAUACAAAACAAAAUUACGUGGUCCAUCUUUUCGAUGUGAUGUUCAACAAGAUGGCACACUUUUACUGCACUAUUAUUCCAAAAGAAGUGGAUUAUAUCCUAUUGUAAAAGGUGAAAGCAUUCUUAUUAUUUUUAUCAAACCACAUAAGAAAUUAUAGGUGUUGUUCGAGAAGUUGCGCGUCGAAUUUAUGAUACUGAAGUGGUUAUGAGAGUUCAAGAAAGAAAACAAGAACAUUUAGAUGCAUAUGUAACAGAACAUGUUGUUUUUGUUAUAACUCAAGUUGAACAUCAAAACAGUGUUCAGAAAUCAAUGUCGUCAAAAUCUGAUUCAUUGGUUGAUUUAUCUUCGGGAAUUUAUGAUAUUUCUCCAGCAGAUUUUGCACAAGCAUUUCCUUAUCAUAUAUGUUUUGAUCCCGAUCUUUUACUUGAACAUUGUGGAAAUUUCAUUAAAAAGACAUUUCCAGAUGCAAUAAUUCAUGAAACUCCAAUAACAGAAAUGCUCGAACUUGUUCAUCCAGAAAUUCCAUUUUCCUACGAAUCAAUCAAAUCAUUUAAAAAUAGUCUCUUUAUUUUUCGAUUAAAAGGAAGUGGAAGUAAUUCAUCUGGUGAAGAUCGAUCUAUUUUAUUGAAAGGUUCAAUGGUUUUUAUUGAUGAAGGAAAAUAUAUACUUUAUAUGUGUUCUGUGAAUGUAACAACAGUUCGAGAAUUGAUUGAUCGUGGAAUUCAUAUAUCAGAUAUGCAAAGACAUGAUGGAACAAGAGAUCUUAUUAUGUUGAAUCAAAGUAGAAUGAGUCAAGUUGAAUUGAAGUUUGUGACAUACUGUAUUUCUUUAAAAAAUUAUAUUUUCUCAGUCGAACUUUGGAAGAAACUACAAAGACAUUGAAAAAAAUGGCACAGGAAUUAGAAAUCGAGAAACGAAAAACUGAUGAUCUUCUUUGUGAACUAAUGCCAGCUUCAGUUGCAGACAGUUUAAGAAGUGGACAACCAUCAGAUGCGAGUAAGUUCAUUUAGAUGAAAUAUGUAUAUGAUAUAAAUUAUAAAAAAUUACAGAAGAGUUUGCCGAUUGCACUCUUCUUUUCACAGAUAUUGUAACAUUUACAAACAUCUGUGCUUUAUGUACUCCAUAUGAUGUUGUUUCUCUUCUAAAUGAUUUGUAUCUUCGUUUUGAUCGUUUAGUUGGAUUGGUUAGUUAUUGUCUUUUUUGGCUCUAAAUCAAUUACAUUUUUCAGCACGAUGCUUACAAAGUAGAAACAAUUGGAGAUGCUUAUAUGAUUGUUGGUGGAGUUCCAGAACAUUGUGAUAAUCAUGCUGAAAGAGUUUUGAAUAUCUCAAUCGGAAUGUUAAUGGAAUCAAAACUUGUUCUCUCUCCAAUCACUCAUAAACCAAUCAAAAUACGUCUUGGAAUUCAUAGUGGAUCGGUUGUAGCUGGAGUUGUUGGAAUCAAAAUGCCACGAUAUUGUCUAUUUGGAGACACUGUGAAUGUGGCAAAUAAAAUGGAAUCUUGUGGAGUUAUGUGUAAAAUACAUAUAAGUGAAACAGCAAAAGCAAAUGGAUUGAAAUCGAAUAAAAGUUAUGUAUUCAUUGAUCGAGGAAACACUGAGAUUCGUGGAAAAGGAUUUAUGUAUACAUAUUUUUUAGAAAGAAAUGAUCGAAUUAGUGUUUGGGAAUUGUGUGCAAGACCAAGAUGUUCGUUUUUUUUCAGAAUAAUUAUUAAAUGUUUUUUUUUACUUUUCAGCGAGUGAACAAACAAUUGAUGGUUAUAUGGAAUUACACGAUCAAUCAAUUUAUCAAGAAAAUGCUGAAGAAACAGAAGGAAACGCUCCAGUAAAUGGAUCGAGUGUAGAUCCAGCAAGUCAUCAUAUUCGAUCUCCAACUUGUACUAUUGUUUGA